AUGCACCCUGCCAGCAUCGCCCCGACCUCGUCGGAAUCUUCCCCGCCGGCCACCGCCGCCCAGAGCGCCGCUGCUGCUGCUCCUGCAGCCUGCAAACAGCCCAGGCCGAGCUGGGUUGCAUCUGCUGCCCGCGCGCCACCACCGCCUGAGAUCUCUCCCGCCGCCGUCCCCGGAGCCUCGGCGACCUUCCCCGCCGGUCACCGCCGCCGCUGCGGGCCGCCGCCGCCGUCUCGGCCAGCCAUGGCCGCCCCAGACCCGCUCGGGCCGAGGCAAACCCGCGGCUUCUUCCCCGCGCCGCCGCCGCUCGAGGCCGCACUCCUGGCACCCCUUCGGCUUCCUGUUACCCUUCUCCGUCGCCCCUGA